CUGCGAUUGGCUGGCAACCAGUUCAGGGUCCUGCCCGUUGACAACUGGGAUGGCUCAAUGACCUCGGCUCCAGCACUCUCCGCGAUCCUCUAUAUCUACUCUCCUUCUUUACGACGUGACCUCACCAUCAUGACUUCGACAGGCUACCAGUUCUUCAUUGUCACUGAAACACCUGAGUCCCAUCGACACUAUCAUGCUGGUUGCAUAUGUUAUAUUCAUGAGCAUCAACCAAGUUUUUGCUUCCCUCCAAAAUUGCAAGUACUUGUACAACACUCUCUUACACCAUUGUACUGUGAAGUAGAUCAAAGAUGUUUGGAAGAACUGAGUGCAUAUGAAGCUGGUCUGCUGCUGGCCCUCACUGACGACUCUGAAAGGCUAAAAUGGUUCAGAGAAAAAGAUGUUCUCCACAGAGCACUAACACUUUCUGAGGGAACUGAAGUGGUUGUGAAAGAAGAAAGAGAGAAAUUCAAUGGGAUCAUCCGGUACAUUGGAAACUUGUCACAAUCAAUGUCAGAAGAUCCUUUGAAGGGGAUAUUCUUUGGAAUUGAACUGCAGGGAGAAGACAAGGGCAAGGGGAACACAGAUGGCCGCUACCACAGUGAUCCCCUCUUCACUUGUGACAAAGACUGUGGUAUAUUCGCUCCUUUUUCGAGGGUCCAGCCACGUUGUUUCAACUCCUUUUCACCAGCUGGCCCAGAGUUCUCUCUGCAUUUAAAAACAGAAAAGCCAGUCCCAGGUGACAGAGUCACAUACUUCAUUGAAAACUACUGUCGCUAUGGAAUGGUGGUGAAUUUUCAGGAAAAGGAUGCAAAACAUUUUGUGUUGAUCUCUACGGACACUGAUGCCACUGGGAAGACAGGCGAAGUUGAAGUUCCACUACAAUUUGUUGUUAAAGGGGAAUGGCCUGCUGGUUGGAACAUACAUGAUGAAAUCUACAGUUUAAUUAAUCAUAUAUGUGGACAUUUUAAUGAAACAUUUUUGUUUUUUUUUCCCCCCACAGAGUGUGAUCUCAUUGACAUUUACAAUCCUGCAGUGGAACAAAAAAUUGAUUUGGAUCUCAGUGUGAACUCACUGGUGGAAGUGUCCUUGGGAACAGGCAGUUUAUAUGGAAUAAUCCGCUGGAUUGGCACCCUUCCUGGGCGGCAGGAAAUUAUGGCUGGACUUGAACUUGAGAAGGACAUGGGAAUGAGUGAUGGUACCUUCAAAAAAGUGUCUUUCUUCCAAUGUCCUCCCGGGAGAGCUCUAUUUGUGAAGUAUAGCAGUUGCCGUCCUGAUGCACGAUUUCUGAAUGAUGGUGACAAAUGUGUGUCACCAAAGCAUAAAGUGACAGACACAGAGAGACAACAGAGUACUGGAAAAAUGGAUCCUGUUGCUCCCAUCACCACUGAUCAAGUUGACCAAAUGCUGAUCGGACAAAUGAAGGGGAUUCAAGGUCACUGUAACUCUUGCUACAUGGAUGCUGCCCUCUUCAGUUUGUUUUCAUGCUCAUCCGUGCUGGAUUCCAUGUUGUUUAAAUCGAUACAGCCAGAAAAUGCCCCUAUACAGAGAACACUGCUCAAUGACAUCAUCAACCCCCUUCGAAGUGAAGGCUUUGUGGAAGGCAGACAUAUCAUGAAGCUCCGACAGCAGCUACAAAACCAUGGCUACUGUCAGUCUUUUACCACAGAAGAGAAGGAUCCAGAGGAGUUUCUCACUAUCAUCAUGCACCAGAUUCUUGCACUUGAUCCUCUACUUAAACUGUCAGCUGGUGGUAAAGUGCAAGAGAGUUAUUGCUAUCAGAUCUUCCUGGAGCAGAACCACAGGCUGGUCCUUCCGACGGUGCAACAGUUGCUGGAACAUUCCUUUCACAGUGCAGGGCUAAAGUUAGCAGAGGUGCCGUCUUGUCUCAUUCUUCAGAUGCCUCGCUUUGGCAAGAAAUUCAAGAUGUUUGACAAAAUCAUCCCAUCCUUGGAGUUAGACAUAACUAGUCUCCUUUCUGAAGGUGCUCAGCAGUGCAUACUUUGUGGAAACCUGGCCCAAGAGGAGUGCAAUGACUGUUUUGAAGAACCUGUUUUCAGCCAGACAGGAUGUAAAAUUUUCUGCACAACGUGCUCAGCUCAGGUUCAUUCCCAUCCUCAGCGGCGCACCCAUAAACCAGCAGCUCUUGAGAUACCUGAGGGUUAUAUGGCACGAAGACCUCGCACUCUGACAAAAGACAUAAUGGAGCUGUUUGGUGUCCUCUGCAUAGAAACAAGUCACUAUGUCUCUUUCCUCAAAUACGGACCAAACAGUCACGAAUGGAUCUUUUUUGACAGUAUGGCAGACAGAGAAGGAGGGACAGAUGGUUUCAACAUCCCUGAAGUGCGAGGAUGCCCUGAGGUUGGAAAGUACCUGGACAUGUCUCCAGCAGAGCUGGCCAAUCAGAAUCCACGGGAAAUGAACGGUGUUGCGAAACGUCUCUUCUGUGAUGCCUACAUGUACCUGUACCAGAGUACCAGCAUGUGCCUCUAUCACUAAGUGGAAGAAAUCUGAUAGGGUUCAAUGUUUUCUUUAUUUGUACACAUGCUGUGUGCUCAUUUUUCUCUAGGUAAAAUUGUUUCAAAAAGUUUGUCUAUUGUCCUAAAACUAUGUACUUUUAUUGCAAAUAAGAUAGAACUUAGAUCAAAAUGUGAGGAUCUUGUCCCUUCCUGCUGUUAUAAUAAUUUCUCAAUAUUAUUAUAUUUGUUUAUAAAUUUGUCUUGCAAAGUUGUGCCUUCAUUUACCCCCCCCCCCAUUUUUUUUAUUUUUUUUUUACAAAAGUAGGCAGCCUUAAGCGAUAGCAUCUAAAUAGAUAAUUUUUUUUCUUUUUAAAUUCCCUAAUUAAACCUGUUUUUACAGUGGGUGCAGAAAAUACUCAGACACCCUUACAUUUUUCAGUUAUAUUGCACCCAUUUGCUUAAAUCAUUUGUAUAUUUUUUCCACAAUGAACACACAAUACACCAUACUAAAAGGAAAAAAAAUGAAGUGUUGACACUUUUGCUGAUUUAUUAAAAAAGAGGUUGAAAUCUCACUCGGCUAUACUCUUAAGUGUUCAGACCCUUUGCUGUGAGACUUAUAAUUAACUCGGAUGCUUUCCAUCUCUUCUGUUCAUCCUUGAGAUAGUUCUACACCUUCAUUAGAAUCCAUCUUUGUUCAGUUAUACUGAUUGGACUUGAUUAGGAAAGCCACACACCACUUUACAGCUCUUGGUGCAUGUCAGAGCAAAUGAGAAUUAUGAUGUCAAAGGAACAGGCUGAGGACGACCAGUUCAUUGACAUGACGUCAGACUCCACAUUGAGACCGAGAUUCAGAUCACAAACACCGAGUGAAUUAUGGCUAGGUGUAGAGAGGCAGUAUCCAUUCUUAGGACAGAGGGCAUUAGGCAUUGUGCUUCCUUUUGCAACAUUUUACCUUUGUGAGACUGGGUUCUCAUCUGUUGC